AUGGUGGUGGCGGCAGUGGCAGAGGUGGUGGCAGUAGAGAUAGCAGCAGCAGAGGUGACAAUGGUAGAGAUAGUGGCAGCAGAGAUGGUAGUGACAGAGGUGGUGAUGGCAGCAGAAGAGAUAGCAGCAGAGGUAGUGGUAGCAGAGAUGGUGGUGGCAAAAGGAGUGGUGGCGGCAAUAGAUAAACUUGAUGAUGAGUUGGUACAAAGCAUUUUAAAGAAGUUUCGUAUAUCUGUUAAUUCAUCUGUAAUUAUUGUAAUUGAUGUAGGUGAUAUUAAA